AUGUGGAAGGCGGUGGUUCUGGUUCUGGCCGGGUGCCUGCUGGCGUGUGGCUCUCGGGCCAUGGAGGGCCCCACGUACGGCGUGAAGCUGUGCGGUCGGGAGUUCAUCCGCGCCGUCAUCUUCACCUGCGGGGGAUCCCGCUGGAGACGGUCCCUCAGGAGCACAGGUGAGACGCUUGCUUCCUCUCCGCUGGUCCAGGGCGGCGUGGCAGAGGGGGCGGGGCCUCAGGAGGGCCUGUCACGGGAGUGGUCGAGACUGCAGGGGGGCGUGUUCUCCCGGCCCGUCCGCUCCCUAAUCACCAAUGACAUCCUGGAGGCGCUGCGCACGUCAGACAGGAAGGGGCGGGACGUGGUGGUGGGCCUGUCCAAUGCCUGCUGCAAGUGGGGAUGCAGCAAGAGUGAGAUCAGCUCUCUGUGCUGA